GUUGUGAUAAACUUAUUAAAUAGGCUGAAUGGAGCCUCUUGAGACCUUAAAUUGCCGUUGAACGUUAAACUGAUGUUUAGAAUGGCACGAGUUUAUGCAAGACGGCUAAUCCCUUAUUUAUUAGUUAUCAUCUUGUUUAUUCUUUUGUCGUGGUUUUUCUCUUUUCAACUUGAAGAAGAUGCUGCUCAAAAAAGGCAAAUUUCUUAUCUCAGGAAUCGGGUCGCGGAAUUAAAAUCAAAAGUGCGCGAAUACGAGCAAGACGAGACUCCUCGAGAAUCUAAACAAGGUGCCUAUAGUUUUGCUGAAGCAGAAUCAAGAAGAUUCUAUGAUAAACCACAGCUUGGAGCAAAUCAUGGGAUUGACCGGUGCAACUUCGCUUCGAAGCAUCUGAAAAGCAGUGCUGAGCUGCAAACAGUUGAGCUAUACGGAAACAUAUCAUUUAAAAACGAAAACGGAGGAGUGUGGAAACAAGGCUUUGACAUCAAGUACACUGAUAGUUCUGACUUCACGCCUUCAAGGCCAUUGGAAGUUUUCGUUGUGCCUCAUUCUCACAAUGACCCUGGAUGGAUCAAGACCUACGAGCAGUACUUCGCAGACCAGACGAAGAAUAUCUUGAACAAUAUUGUGGAAAAGUUAGAAGUGGAUGUCAAGCGGAAGUUCAUCUGGGCCGAGAUUUCCUACUUCUCGAUGUGGUGGAAGCAAGCGUCCCAAUCACUCAGAGACAGAAUGCUGAAACUGAUCAAAAAUGGCCAAGUAGAGCUAGUAACUGGAGGAUGGGUGAUGGAAGACGAAGCUAACACCCACGUCUAUGCUAUGGUAGACCAAAUGAUAGAAGGGAAUAAUUGGAUCAUGGAUCACUUGGGAAUCAAAAGCAGCACUGCCUGGUCAAUAGACCCCUUUGGACAAAGCCCUACUGUGGCUUACCUUAGAAAACGAAUGGGUUUUACUGACAUGCUGAUACAGAGAACUCAUUAUGAAGUGAAGAAGGUGUUGUCGCAACAGAAGAAGUUGGAGUUUAUGUGGAAACAGAACUGGGAAAGUGAAGAUGGAAAAAAUGAUAUAUUUUGUCACAUGAUGCCAUUUUACUCAUACGAUAUUCCGCAUACGUGUGGGCCGGACCCCAAGAUUUGCUGCCAAUUUGACUUUGCUCGGCUCCCUCCCACAAAGUACAGUUGUCCGUGGAAGGUCGCUCCCACGUUAAUCACAGAUGGAACAGUAGCGAAGCGUGCUGAAGUUCUAGUGGACCAGUACAAGAAGAAAGCUUCACUAUUUCGCAGCAAUGUUCUUCUCAUUCCUCUGGGCGACGACUUCCGGUAUGACAACCCAGGGGAGUUUGACAAACAGUUCACAAACUAUGAAAAGCUGUUCUUGUAUAUCAACUCCAACAAGGGGCUAAAUGUGAACAUCAGAUGGGGAGUGUUGUCUGACUAUUUCAAGAAGGUCCAUGAAAGAAUGGAAAAUUCUCAGUUUCCAAAAUUGAGCGGGGACUUCUAUACUUAUGCAGAUAGAGACUCACAUUACUGGUCAGGUUAUUACACCUCGAGGCCUUUCUACAAAAAGCUAGAUCGAGUUCUAGAGUCAAGACUACGAUCAGCUGAAGUUCUGUUCUCAUUGGCUAAUUUUCUACCGAGCCCACACAAUGCAGCGAUUGAUCUUUGGAAGGCUAGUGACUCUGGACUUCUGGGAAAACUAACGGCCGCCAGAAGAAAUUUAGGACUGUUCCAGCAUCACGACGGAAUUACCGGAACAGCCAAGGAUCCUGUAGUAAUAGAUUAUGGACGUAAGUUACUGCAAGCGAUUCAAAAUGCAGAUGAAGUCAUAGCAGCGAGUGCUGAAUACCUUCUUCUAUCCUCAGAACCUCCUUCUACCUCUAAACCCUCUAGCUUCAAUGCUCUUAUCUUGGACGAAGCCCGCAAAAGUCACGAUUCUCUGCCGGAAGGAUUCGUGAUUCCUGUGCGCUCUCUGGCAACUGGCGCUCUUUACCCUCUCGUGUUCUAUAACUCACUCGGGUUUCAAAGACAGCAAGUUGUGUCAGUUCUCGUGGACAGUCCUAAUGUCAAGAUCUUGUGCCACACUGGAUCCAUAAUUGAAUCACAAAUAACUCCCAAGUGGUCUUCCAUUGAGCCGACUUCUCCUAUAGCCUUUCAAUCAAAUGUAUACGAGCUCUGGUUCCGCAUCAACAUACACCCCCUAUCUCUGUCGCGCUACUUCCUGCUUCCCUUGCACACUUCUGACGUCACAGGUGCUGCCACUAGGUCGACACUGUUCACACUGAGAACAGAGAAGAACGUGGACAUGAACUUCGAAGCACAUGGAUUUACCAUCCAGCCAGUCGAUCCAAAGGAGUUUCAGCUGUCAAACUACCAGUACAUUCUGCAUUUUGGAGACAACGGACUGCUAACCGGAAUAACAGACCGAAACACUCUUGAAAGGAGUAAGGUCAUGCUCAACUUCGUCACCUAUGGUACAUCCAGUGCCAAAGACAAGAGUGGGGCUUACCUGUUCCUCCCCGACGGACCAGCCAAGUCAGUUCCCAGUCUGAGUCCAACUGUGGUGGUAGAGAAGGGACCUGUGAUGAGUCGAGUGACUGUGCAGCUGCAGAAUGUCAUACACACCGUCAGGUUGUUCAAUUCUCCAGGAAUUGAUGGUCACGCAAUAUCGAUCUCGAAUCUGGUAGAUAUUCGCAUUCUAUCUAACAGAGAACUGGCCAUGCGAGUAGAUGGGACAGAGUUGAUGAGGAAACCGGACGGAUCAUUGAAGCACACUUUCUACACUGAUUUGAAUGGGUUCCAGAUGCAAGCGAGACACUUCUACUCAAAACUGCCUCUUCAGGCCAAUUUCUACCCCAUGCCUACUAAGAUGGUAAUUGACAGUCCAAAGGGCACUUCCCGUCUCACUCUCCACUCGGCUCAGUCGCUUGGCACGGGCAUGACAUCAUCGGGAGAAGUUGACAUCAUCCUGGACAGACGACUGAUGCAGGACGACAACAGAGGUCUCUUCCAAGGUGUUAAAGACAACAAAGUGACUCCAAACGACUUCUGGCUAGUGUUGGAAAAAUUUGCCGACUCCUUCAACCCCUCCACGAAAGAUGCCUCAGACUACACGCUCUAUCCCACAGUUCUAUCCCAACAUGCAAACUUGGCUCUGAACAGUCCAAUGUUGACUCUGUUGCCGAAAAGUGUGUGGACUGGAAUCAGUGAAAAGGAUGUGGCUGGCAUGGUGGGUUACAAGAGUCAGAGCAGUGGAUACUUGCCAUGUGACGUGAACGUGCUGAGCUUCAGAACUAUGAAGUUAGAAUCGAAACAAGCUCUGCUGAUUCUACAUCGCCAGGGACAUUCCUGUAAACCCUCAUCGUUUGGAGAACUAUCACCGACAAACUGCUCCUUAGCAAAUGGACACAUCAAUCUUAAAUCAGUCUUCCACUCUAAAAAUAGCUUACAGUUCACAGAAUACAGUUUGAACGGAAUCACCCCUCUAAACUCGGAAAUUUCAGAGUCUAGUGUAAAUUUAGACUCCUGUCAAAUAAAUACAUAUCAAGUUAAACUCAAUUGAUUUUAAAUUCUUUAUUUUGCAUUCAUUUUUCACUUCAUGUACUAGGUUUAUGAAUUCUGAAUUGGUAAUAUUUGACCAAAGCUGACCAAAGAUUAAUAAUUGUAUUUUAUGUUGCUUCUCUGACUGAUUAUGUGUGUUUUUUGUGAAUAGGUUUAUUACUAAAAAUAUUAUAUUUUUGGUUUGCUUGGAGAUCGAGUAAUCAAUCUCCUGUCAUGACAAUAAAAGUAUGUGAUAA